AUGUUAGUGAAGUUGGCUAAACUACCUUUGAAGCAGGCGCUGGCACUGCUUCUUCUGGUGAAGUCCAUUGUGAUCAACACUUUGGCUGACAGCGCUGUCAGGAACCACGUGGACAAACUCUCAGUGGUGCACCAGUACUGUAUAACCAAUGCCGACACAGUGGUGAAUAUGCGGAAGGUGACCCAUCAGACCAUUAGUGAGGAGCUGUCCAAAACAGUUCUCCUCCCCUGCCUCUUCACCCUCCGCCCUGGUGCCGGUUCAUCCCCUGAGCCCCCCAGGAUCAAGUGGACGAAGGUUUGGGGCCAGAGAGGCUCAGACGGCCUGCAGAAGGAACAAUCGGUCCUGGUGGCCAAAGACAAUGUGGUCAAGGUGAAGAAGGCCUUCCAGGGUCGUGUAACACUGCCUGGUUACAAUGAGAACCGCUACAAUGCCAGCCUUGCUUUGACUGGGCUACGCUCCAGCGACUCCGGUCUGUACCGCUGUGAGGUCGUAGUUGGCAUCAAUGACGAGCAGGACACAGUUCCCCUGGAAGUCACAGGUGUGGUAUUUCACUACCGAGCCCCACAUGACCGCUACGCCCUGUCCUUCAGUGAUGCAAAGAGGGUAUGUGUGGAGAAUUCAGCAGUCAUCGCAACACCGGGUCAACUGCAGGCCACCUUUGCUGAUGGCUAUGACAACUGUGACGCUGGAUGGCUGUCCGACCAGACUGUAAGGUAUCCCAUCCAGUCACCUCGGCCCGGUUGCUAUGGUGAUCGCGAGGACUCACCUGGAGUCCGUAACUACGGCAAGAGGUUACCUGAUGAGCUGUUUGAUGUCUACUGCUUCGCUAAGAAGCUUGAAGGUGAAGUCUUCCAUUCCUCGGUACCGGAGAGACUGAGCCUGGCCACAGCUUCCACCCACUGCCAUUCCCUGGGAGCACAGCUGACUACUGUUGGCCAGCUCUACUUGGCCUGGCAGGCCGGUCUGGACCAGUGUGACCCUGGCUGGCUGGCUGAUGGCAGUGUCCGCUACCCCAUUAACGUCCCGAGGAAGAACUGCGGUGGAGACGAGCCUGGGGUGCGGACAGUCUACAACAAUCCCAACCGUACUGGAUUCCCAGAAACCACAGCCCUGUUCGACGCCUUCUGUUACCGAGCCCACCAGCCAGCGGGGGUCCAGGCAGCAGAGGCACAGGCUUUAUACCAGACCACCAACCCAGCAGCGGAGGCCGACUCCAUAGUCACUGAAGCCCAGCCCAGUGCCCCUUUUUCCAAGACUUCCACCUGGACAGGGCUGGUCAACUUGGACAAAGCGGGGGUCCACUCCAUUGCUGGAAUUGACAACUCCUCUGAGAUCUCUGAGGAGCAUGUAGUCAUCCACUUGAGGCCAGAGGAGAGUUGGGAUGAAAAACAGGACAGACUCGAAACUGGACAACCCAGCCAGGAGGACUCUGAUGACCUAAAAAGAGGCAACACCAUGGGCCUGUCUGACCUCGAGAGCCUGGAGAACCACGGAGGCUCUGCCCAUGAAGAAGAGGAUGGUGGCUAUUUUGGAUCAUCGCACACCCCGACAAUAUCAUCUGUAGCUUCCUCCACUCCGCAGUCUCAGACUAGUAAUAGUGUGUUGUCUGAGUUUGUUAACACUCUGAUGAAGCCCUUUAGGUACUGGACUGGAGGUGAGAAGGUGGACGAGGCAGAAAAAGGCCUUUCAUUGCCUGAGGAAAAGGCAGGAGAGAACCAGACACAGGGAGAAGCAUCCAGCAGAAACCUGAGUGUUCCAAAAGCCAGUGGAAACAAGGGCAGCAGAGACAAUGCCAUCAUGGAGCACAGGAGUGAUGCUUUUUCCUUCAGGGCUCCUACAAGUGGACUACAGAGUCCAGAGGAAGGUCUCUCUGAGCAAGAGAAAGAAGUGAUGCCAUUGAUUCGACUAGUGCCUGCAGUCCAAAAAACAGGGCAAAGUGUCACCACCAAUCAAUCAGGAGAACGAGUCUCCAGCAUGUCUACUGACAACCCUCCAUCCACUGUUAACGGAUACACAGCAUCAGGUCCCAAUGAGAGAUCACCACCCAGUGGAUACGUCAACAUAUCCGGCCCUAAGAGUCCCAGAGGAGGGCCCGCUUUUGCUCCCGCCCCCAGCAGUCCAUUUCGGUGGGCCAUCAAGUCCAUGCGUGGCUCCAAACUAGGCCCCCCGGGAAAUGUGGCCUAUGUUGGUAAACGCCCAACCUGGGAACCCAUGGAAGCCAAAUCAGGGCCCCUUGGAGUGAUGACCCUGCCCACCUCGCUUCGACAGGACAACCCAGAAAACUACUCAGGCGAGGGGAGGGACCAGGAUGGGGAAGAGGCUAGCACUCCAUCAGCUGCCAGAGCUGCAUUAGGAGAGGAGAAGGAAAUAGAGGGGAGUGGAGAAGGGAGCAACUUUCCUGGUGGCUUUGGAUUGAAUAUGAACACCAACAACUUGUCGGACAGUAAAGUCAAUCCAGAAACAGAGUCCUCACUCAGCCAUGGCCAGAGUGAGCUUGUGACUGUGGCAGAGCAUACUACUCUGUCCCAGUGGCAGCUAGUGGAGCAGCCCACCACCACCCCACCUCAGGGCUCCCAGGAGCCAGACACAGCUGAGGAGGCCAGGGGGGAAAUCCUAUAUGUCCGCCGACCUACUGACAACCUUGUCUCUGCUUCUUCACACAGAGGAGAAAGUAGUUCAAAUUCAGGUUUCACUCCUAUUAUCAGGAAGCACAGCAAAGGCUUGGGCAGAGACCCCAGUCAUAGUGAAAUCAAGGAGGUGACUUCCACACCUGCAGCCUUGUUGGAGAUGCUGACAACCUCUGAAGUGAGCACAGCAGGACUUCUGACAACCAGAGAUAUGCAGAGAACAGAUCCUACCACUACGGCAGCUACAACAGAAAUAUUCUCCGACAACUCUUCCACUAAAGAGUCAUCUAUUCCCAUUUCAUGGGUUCAGGGUGAGACUGAGAAAACGACAAGCUCACCCAACCAGCAAGGCAGCUUCUCAGCCACUUCAUCACCCAGUGAGGGAUCUCAAACAAAUAUGGGUGUCAUUCAUUUGACCACCAUCACAUUGGACUCCAAAGCUGGCACCACAGAAAUGGAAUCCAGGUCUGCAGUGUCUGAUUCAUUCGUGUUGGGAAGUCAUUGGACACCUUUCAAUGGUGUGAGUCCAAAGUCUGAGGAACGCAAAGCCCCAAUGACGACAGACAGCAAAGACUCAAACAACCCUUUCGGCAUUCUUGUACCCAACUGGGCCUUUGGGCUCAUCCCAUCAGUGGAGAAUAACCCAUGCCAGACCAACCCCUGUCUCCACGGAGGGAGCUGCCUGCAGGAGGGUGAUGGCUAUAGCUGCUACUGUCCUCAGGGCUUCUCUGGAGAGAGCUGCGAGAUUGACAUUGAUGAUUGCCAGUCUAAUCCGUGCCAGAAUGGAGGAACCUGCAUCGAUGAGAUCAACUCCUUUGUGUGUCUUUGUCUCCCUAGCUACGGCGGGGCCACUUGUGAAAAAGAUACUGAGGGUUGCGAGCACACGUGGAGGAAGUUCCACGGCCACUGCUACAGGUACUUCAGCCGCAGACACACCUGGGAGGACGCCGAGAAGGAGUGCAGGGAGCACAGCGGCCACCUGGCUAGCAUCCAUAGCCUCGCCGAGCAGAACUUCAUCAGAGGUCUAAGCCACGACAACACCUGGAUCGGGUUAAAUGAUCGUACAGUGGAGGACGACUUUCAGUGGACCGACAAGAUGGACCUGCAAUAUGAGAACUGGCGCGAAAACCAGCCAGACAACUUCUUCGCUGGAGGAGAAGACUGCGUGGUUAUGAUCGCUCAUGAGAACGGCAAAUGGAAUGACGUGCCCUGCAACUACAAUCUGCCCUACGUCUGCAAGAAAGGAACAGUGCUUUGCGGAACCCCUCCCACUGUGGAUAAUGCCUUCUUGAUUGGACGGAAGCGCUCCCACUAUGACAUCCACUCUGUAGUGCGCUACCAGUGUGCCGACGGCUUCCUGCAGCGCCAUGUGCCCACUGCUAAGUGUCGUGCCAAUGGCAAGUGGGACCGGCCUAAAAUCAUCUGCAUAAAAUCCCGACGAGCCCACCGUUACCGGCGUCACCACCACAAGGGCAGGAGGGAGCGCAGGAAGCACAAGAGGCACGGCCACAGAGAGGGAGGGCACCACGGAGGAGAGCCGGGUCAGGGUCACAACCACGCCCACUUCUGA